AUGACAUCUGGAAAUGAGUCUCUGCUUGCCUUAACGGGUAAACGUACCACUGGCCAGAGCAUUCGAACUCAAAAUGUGACAGCUGCUGUAGCUAUUGCAAAUAUCGUAAAGUCUUCACUUGGUCCGGUCGGACUUGACAAGAUGCUUGUGGACGACGUUGGAGAUGUAGUUGUGACGAACGAUGGUGCAACCAUUCUGAAGCAACUCGAAGUCGAGCAUCCUGCUGGAAAAGUUCUUGUGGAGCUUGCACAGCUUCAAGAUGAUGAGGUUGGUGAUGGUACUACCUCCGUUGUUAUUCUUGCUGCUGAGCUUCUGAAGGCAGCUGAUGAGCUAGUGAAGAGUAAACUCCACCCUACAACGGUUAUCAAUGGCUAUAGGCUUGCAUGCAAGGAAGCCGUGAAAUACCUUCAGGAAAAUUUGUCGUUUUCCGUAGAUGAACUGGGUCGUCAGUCAAUAGUUGAGGUCGCGAGGACAGCCAUGAGCAGCAAAGUUAUUGGACCCGAUUCUGAUUUCUUCGCACCACUUUGUGUAGAUGCAGCUGAAGCAGUGAAAGUAACAGACUCAGCUGGAAAGGUCACUUAUCCCAUUGCUGCUGUAAACGUUCUGAAAGCUCAUGGAAAAAGUGCCCGUGAAUCGAGGUUGAUCAAGGGAUACGCUUUAAACUGUACUGUUGCUAGUCAAGCAAUGCCCCUUGUCGUUCCUAAUGCUAAGAUCGCUUGUCUCGAUUUUUCUCUGCAAAAAACAAAAAUGCAUCUCGGAAUUUCCGUGGUUGUUGAAAAUCCGGAGAAGUUGGAGGCAAUCCGGCGAGAAGAGUUUGAUAUUACAAAACGUCGAAUCGAAAAGAUACUGAAGGCUGGAGCUAAUGUUGUUCUAACAACAGGAGGAAUCGACGACCUCUGUCUGAAACAGUUUGUUGAGGCGGGCGCAAUGGCUGUCAGACGUUGCAGAAAAGUGGACUUGAAGCGUAUCGCAAAAGCUACUGGAGCAACGCUUGUGAGCUCUCUGGCAACAUUAGAAGGGGAGGAGGCCUUUGAUGCAUCACUUCUUGGCCACGCCGAAGAAGUGGUACAAGAGCGAAUUAGUGAUGAUGAACUGAUCCUUAUCAAAGGCCCAAAGGCUCGCACCGCAAGCUCAAUAAUUCUGAGAGGUGCCAACGACGUAAUGCUGGAUGAAAUGGAACGGUCGAUUCACGAUGCCCUGUCUGUCGUUCGUCGUGUAUUGGAGAGCCGUCGUCUGGUGGUUGGGGGCGGUGCGGUGGAAGCGGCACUGAACGUAUGGCUGGAAGCUUUUGCAACUACUUUGUCAUCUCGGGAGCAACUGGCAGUCGCUGAGUUUGCACAGGCUUUGUUGGUGAUUCCCAAAACGCUGUCGGCGAAUGCUGCUAAAGAUUCAACGGAACUGGUAGCUAAAUUACGAGCGUUCCAUCACAAAGCGCAAACAAAUCUGCAAUUGCAACAUCUGAAAUGGGCUGGUCUCGAUUUAGAGUCUGGAGAUAUCCGUGACAAUCGCACGGCUGGUGUGUUAGAACCUCUCCUUAUCAAGGUAAAAUCUCUGAAAUUUGCGACAGAAGCAGCCAUUACGAUACUUCGCAUAGAUGAUCUUAUUAAGUUAGACAAACCAGAACCGCAACGCGAUGGCGAUGAGUGUGGUGCAUAA